AUGUUCAGCCGGGGUUGCGGGGUAAGCGCAAUGAGGUACCGCGACCUCGGCACAGAGCAGGAGAAGGAACAGGGGGAUAUUGUGGUCCUUCGUGCAAUUCGGGGCCGAGAGGCGCGGCUGCCGUGUGGCCAGGGGACAGUAUUUCUUGAUGGCCCUAGCUCAUACGUUUUAUGGUUGAAGGACGAUCGUGAUUUCCUUUACCGCUUCCCUAAUGAAGAGUACGAACAUAGCCUCAUGAACCCUGACCGUAUUGUGGAGACAUCUUGCAACCCUGGAUCCUGUCGCGACCAGACUGCUCUGCUGGUGAAGAAGGUUACAAAUCGUGAUGGCGGACUGUACAGGUGCCGGGUGCACUAUCAAACGUCACCCUCAGUUGACCAUCUGAUCGAACUUCGAGUCAUUGAUUCUCCAGGAAUACCGACGGUAUACAAUGACGAUGAAGAAGUGAAAGGUGUAACCGUGGGUCCACUCAGUGUUGGCUCGGACUUAACCCUAUCGUGUCGAGUACAAAGUAAAGAUCCUGAGAUCGAAGUAUAUUGGCGGCGCAACGGCGUGAUGAUGGAGAGAACCCACCUGACGAGGACUGAUGUGGUGCGCGCUGACAUACACCUGUACAACCUCACACGAUCGGAUGCAGACUCGCAUUACGAAUGCUUAGCCCAGAACUCCGAUGUCUCAGAGCCAUUGAUUAAAAGCAUCGUUAUAAAGAUGUAUUUGGCUCCGCUCAGUGUUCAAAUUCGCUUAGACGAGAACUACGGCUUCGAGGCAGGAAUUCCUCGUUUAGUCGAUUGCGUUGUAAUUGGAUGUGUCCCUGCGCCUUCCAUCAGUUGGCAUCUAGGCGACACAUUGUUAAGACCAACCUCACAUAAGGAGGUGAACGAAGGGAAUUACACGGUGUCGACACUAACCUUGUCACCUUCACUCCAAGAAUCGCACUACGAACUAACCUGCCGAGCUCACAACUCCCACAUGCCUUCGGAACUCUUCCAGGACAAAGUCGUCAUUAAUGUUGGAUAUCGGCCCACCUGUCAAACAGGACGCGUAGAGAGGGUAGGUGCAGUGCUACGUGAGGCUGAGACGGUCCAUUGCAUUGUGGACGCAUCCCCCGAGCCACUGCAGUUCACAUGGACUUUUGAGGACUCGAAAACUCUCUAUACAAGCGGAACGAGGAUAUCUUCGUAUCGAAACCGAUAUUCUUCGAGCCUGACCUGGCUUUCUCGUGAUGGCGACAUUGGUCUUCUGCAGUGCCGUGCUACCAACGCGUUUGGGGAACAGAAGAACCCUUGUGUAUUUAAUAUAACUGCUGGCGGCCCGCCCGAGUCACCUGAAUGUGAUGUCCAACGCACCGUACCCAACCACGUGGCCGUCCACUGCCGACUUGGAUGGGAUGGGGGGCGACCCCAAAAGUUGUAUUUCGAACUAUACGAUGAAUCUGGCAGACUGCUGCGGAACGUUUCGGAUGUUGUUGGAAAGUACCAUUUCAAGAACCUACCAGGCCAUCAGAAUUUUACUGCGAUCUAUUACGCGGCAAAUACGAGGGGUAGAAGCCAACAAAUGAAAAUAGGACUGAAAUCUUACAGUACUGCUAUAUCUGAGGAGAAGAUAGAACUAGAAAUGAGUAACGAUAUUGUUUACAAGUGGGUGCCUUACAUCGAGACACUGGCUGGAAUAGUGACGCUCAGCAUUACGGCGGCAGCCAUCACGUUAGGAGCUAAGCUGGUCUGUGCUAAACGGGAUCGUGAAGAUUCUAACCCUGAUUUAGUUCCUCGGGACGCAAACGGAUGUUUUCACCGAGAACCAGAUAUUACAAAGGAGGACAGGUGCUUCGAGUCAACGAACGUUACCGCAAAUCCAAUGGCGUCAUGUUCCAACAUGUCAAAUACUAUGCCAUUCUGCUCGCCUACAGUACCUACGUGUCGCGUUAUAAUAGGCUGCCCUCACGACGAUGACGACUGCGUUACUAGCCAGCAGUCCUACUUCGUUUAA